AUGUCAUACGAGAAGCCUUCCAAGGGCGGCGAUUUCGAAGCCCCCAAGAUCCAUAAGAUCCGCAUCACCCUUACCUCGCGCAAGGUCAACUCGCUUGAGAAAGUCUGCCAGGAGCUCAUCGAACGCGCAAAGACGAAGGACCUCCGCGUCAAGGGCCCAGUCCGCCUUCCUACCAAGAAGCUCAAGAUCACGACCCGUAAGACUCCUAACGGUGAGGGUUCCAAGACCUGGGACACCUUCGAGAUGAGAAUUCACAAGCGCCUGAUUGAUCUUAACGCACCCACCGAAGUCGUAAAGCAGAUCAUCAUCAACAUCGAAGCUGGUGUCGAAGUUGAGGUCACUAUCGCUGCUUAG